AACGCCGCGCCGCGCCGCGCGCACAGCCCCUCCCCCCUUUCAGAACCUUCCAUGGCCUUCCAGACUCUACCUCCUCCCACCGGCAUAUAAGCCAUCCCUCUCCCCUCCUCACUCCACGCAGUACCAAGAAACACACGAACACCUGAGCAAUCCGCAAAUCAGCAAACCAAGCAACCAAAGCAAAUCGAGUGAGGGAGGCCAAGAUCCGCGGCGGCGAGAUGGACGCGAGGAUGUUCGGGCUGGAGACUCCCCUGAUGGCGGCGCUGCAGCACCUGCUGGACGUCCCCGACGGCGACGCCGGCGCGGGCGGCGACAAGGCCGGCGCCGCGGCGGGCGGCGGCCCCACGCGCACCUACGUCCGUGACGCGCGCGCCAUGGCGGCGACCCCUGCCGACGUGAAGGAGCUGCCCAGCUCGUAUGCGUUCGUGGUGGACAUGCCGGGGCUGGGCACGGGCGACAUCAAGGUGCAGGUGGAGGACGAGCGGGUGCUGGUGAUCAGCGGCGAGCGGCGGCGGGAGGAGCGCGAGGACGCCAAGUACCUGCGCAUGGAGCGCCGGAUGGGCAAGUUCAUGCGCAAGUUCGUGCUCCCGGAUAAUGCCGACAUGGACAAGAUCUCUGCCGUGUGCAAGGACGGCGUACUGACUGUGACCGUGGAGAAGCUGCCGCCGCCGGAGCCCAAGAAGCCCAAGACCAUCGAGGUCAAGGUCGCCUGAGGCUGAGGGGAUCAUCGAUCGAAGCUGGGGAAGCAGUGCCAGUGAGUUCUGCCCAGUGUUGAGGCCAAGCAGCCAUGCCGUAGUAGUAUGCUUAUAAGUGCUUGUUUCGUUAUGUCUAUCUACCACCUACCUAUGCGAUGUGUGUCUACUUGCUUUUGUUCGAGCCAUGCCGGGUUUGAAGCUUUGUAAUGCAGAAGCGAAUGCCCUGAUGCUUUUUCUGAAUAAAUAAAUCUUUUGUUCA